CUUCUGAAGAUGCAUUCUGUUGGAAUCUGCGGAUCUGAUGUCCACUACUGGCAGCGUGGGCGGAUCGGGGACUUCGUGGUGAACCACCCGAUGGUGUUGGGCCACGAGGCAUCGGGGACUGUGGUCAAAGUGGGCUCUUCUGUCACCACGCUGAAGAAAGGUGACCGAGUAGCCAUAGAGCCCGGGGUUCCCCGAGAAACAGACGAAUUCUGCAAAACUGGGCGGUACAACCUGUCUCCAACCAUCUUCUUCUGCGCAACUCCCCCUGACGACGGGAACCUGUGCCGUUACUACACGCACAGUGCCAACUUUUGCUACAAGCUUCCGGAUAAUGUCACCUUUGAGGAGGGCGCCCUAAUUGAGCCCCUGUCCGUGGGAAUCCAUGCCUGCAGAAGGGCCGGUGUGACCCUUGGAAGCCAGGUCUUCAUUUGUGGUGCUGGGCCAAUUGGACUCGUGACUUUGCUUAUCGCUAAAGUCAUGGGAGCUUCACGAGUGGUGAUCAGUGAUUUAUCUGCUUCCCGCCUGGAAAAGGCUAAGGAACUCGGGGCCGACUUCACGGUCGAGAUUAAGAAGGAGAGCCCUCAAGAGCUGGCAGACAGGGUGAAAAACAUGCUCGGCUGCAUGCCGGAGAUUACUAUGGAGUGCAGCGGGGCUGAAGCCUCCAUUCAGGCUGCGACAUACGCAACCCGUUCCGGAGGGACAGUGGUGUUGAUUGGGAUGGGCCCCGAAAUGGUCACUUUGCCCUUGGUGAGUGCAGCUGCCCGGGAGGUGGACAUCAAAGGGAUAUUCCGAUACUGCAACACGUGGCCCAUGGCGAUCGCUAUGCUUGCAUCUAAGAAAGUGAAUGUCCAGCCAUUGGUGACUCAUCGUUUUCCUUUGGAAAAGGCUCUGGAAGCUUUUGAGACAACCAGAAAGUGCAUAGGGAUAAAAGUCAUGCUGAAGUGCGACCCCAGUGACCAGAAUCCUUGAAAAAUCAGAAGGCUGCGCUGCAAUGCCUCUCUC